AUGGGAAGGGGGAAAACAGAGAUGGGAAGGAUAGAAAAUGCAACAAGUAGACAAGUAACAUUUUCAAAGAGAAGAAAUGGUAUACUGAAAAAAGCUUAUGAACUUUCUGUACUCUGUGAAGCUGAAAUUGCUCUUAUCAUCUUCUCACCAACAGGAAAACUCCGUGAAUUCUCCAGCAGCUCUACCAGUAUGCAAAACACGAUCGAGCGCUACCAGAAACACGAUGCAGAUGUAAAAGAAAAUUCACAGGAGCUAAGACCAUUCCAGCGCUCCUUUUCCCCAGUUGUGGCAUUUGUUUCUUCUAUAAGAUGA